UCUAUCGUUACACUAAUUUUACUUCAGCUUCAGUUCAGGCUCAGCCAUGGAAGCAGCUUCAAUCUCUUCACCUUCAUUCACCAUUCCCAUCUCAAACAAAAUCACAAAAUUCUCAAAUUCAAAGGCCAAUUUUUGUUGCACAAGAAGAAGACGCAACAAUAAUCCGAUUGCGAAUCAAAGACGGGUCGCUCCAAUUAAGGCCAUUGAUGAUGUUUCUAACGUAACGGAUCCUGCUCGGGUCGCGGUCACUUGGCAGAUUAUUGUUGGUUCUAUAGCUGGGUUUACACCAUUUGUGGUUGCAGGAAUUGAGUUCAGCAAAAGAAUUAUAGCACAGAGAAGAUGUGAGGUGUGUGGAGGGUCAGGAUUAAUUUUAAGGGAGAAGGACUAUUUCAAGUGUCCUGGGUGUGGUGGAUUUCUGCCAUGGCAGUCCUGGAAAAGGUUCUUCACUGGCUGAAUUAAUUGUUGAAUUUUUCUUUUUCUGUAUUUUAUACUUAACAACAAUAGGUUAAUUAAUGUAAUCUAUAGUUUCCUUUUGUUUAAUUAAAACUAAUUAAAUAUGUGCCUUUUGUACACAGUUGAUAUGGAAAUUAAUCUUUAAUACAUUAAUUUUAUUUU